ACUCCAGUCUGGAUUUUGGAGUUAGCUGAUCGGAAAGUCUUUUUACUCGGAAAUGGCAAUUCUUCAGAUCUAUAACAAUAACAAUAUAUAUAAAGGAAAGAAAAGAAAGGAGAAGGUUUUGUGAAUGAAUACAGAUUUCACACUAAACAGACCCAUCAAAUAUGAUCAAGUGGGCCAUCUUCUUCCUUCUUUUUCUGCUACACCAAUCUGUGAUUUGCAGAACCAAUAGUACUAAUAAUGGCGAUAGCUGCCGGCCUUCGUCCUGCGGGAACAUCCCCAACAUAAGUUACCCUUUUCGGUUGAAAGGCGAUCCACCCAACUGCGGAAACCACAGCUACGAACUGAGCUGCGAGGUGAGGAACAAUCGCACUGUUUUGGUUUUGCAUUUGUAUUCCGGAGAAUUCUAUGUGCAGGAAAUCAAUUACAGCAGCUACUCGAUGCGGGUGGUGGAUCCCGGAGUCCUUAACCCCCAAAACUGCUCCAACUCUUCGCCCCUCUAUUCUCUGUCCAACUCUAACUUCUCCUAUGACGACCCGUAUUCUUUAACUAGAGAAGAAACUUCAUUUCACGUCGGAGAAGUUUCGCGCAAGCAUCCAUACAAAGUUGUGACUUUCAUGGAGUGUUCAGCUCCCCCGAGUUCCAGUCUCUACAAGAAUAUUAAUGUUACUGCUAAUGCGACUCGCUGCAGAAGCAAAGAGGGUUCUUCUAGUUUAUCUUAUGCCGUGUAUGGAGGCUUAAGGGCGUCAGAUGUGGAUGAAUCUUGCACCAUAGGAGCCGAGGCUGUAGUUUUGGCUUACGGACGGAGCAUCGAUAGCAGCUCUUUCAGGGGCAUCCGCGAUGCGAUGGCUUAUGGGUUUGAGCUCUUCUGGUUUCACGUUCACUGCGACGAGUGUUUGGCAACAGGCGGAAUUUAUCAGUGCUACCUUAAUGGCACCAAUGUCGUCGCCUGCCGCGAAUCUUCUUCUCCGCCUGGAGUUUACCAAAGUCUUCAAUUUUAUUUCCAGACACACUUUCCAGCAAUCUUACAGUGGAUUGCCGGUACCAGAGGCCCUCCAUAUGAGAUCCCAAACAGUCACUUAAGAAGUCCAUGGUCAGGCACUGACUAUUAUGUCCCGUAUGGCGUUAUCCUAAUGGGAGCCUGGAUAUUUCGUAAGACAUCUAAAUUCUCCUUCUUAAAUUUGUAAGCACGCAUGCCAAUUCAUCAUGAGCUAUGUUGUUAGAAAUCUGACUAUUUAUGCACAUUGCUGUUACAAAGAAAUAGAUUGACUGUAUAAUUUGUAGUUGACUUGUUUUGUUAAAAUUUAAAUGUUUUAUUUCAUAUUUAUUAAUAUUUAUUG